UUGAGUCAGUCUCACUGUCACUAGUUUCUCAGGCUGGGCUCGAACCUGUGGUCCUCCUGCCUCAGCCUCCCAGUAUGCUUGCAUUGUAGGUGUGCACCAUAGUGCCCAGCUUGGGCAGCAUCUUGAUUGCUCUCACAAGCCAGCCAAGGUCUGGACAUUUGCAGAGGCACUUGGGAAGGAGGGAAGAUGCUGGUUUUGUGGGCCGUUUGGUUGGCAGUGGGCCUGGAGGAGGUCCAAGGAGGGAUGUGCACAUGCGUAAGUGUGAGACAGUGGGCCAGGGGGCCAGGGCUAAGGAAAAGGUGAGUCCCGGCCUGGUGUUUCUGGAAGGCAGAACCUGGGAACCCAGAGCUUAUGUAUCAUCGACCUGUCUGUCUAAGGGGGACACACGGGAGACACACAUGGGUACCGGGGCUUAGGGAAGAGAGUUGUUACCCUCUGUGGAGGGUAUACAGGAGUCAUGAGCAAGAGACUGCUGCCAAAGAGGUAGGAUGUGGGGCUGAGGCAUGGAUGGGCUUACCUGUAUUUUUCCCCCAUUUUUCUUCUGUCUGUUGGUCUGGUUCACUUCCCUGUUGCCAUCAUGCCAGGACCAGAUGACCUUUGAGGAUGUGGCUGUGCACUUCUCCCGUGAGGACUGGGGCCUCCUUGAUGAGGCUCAGAGGCACCUGUACUAUGAAGUAAUGCUGGAGAACUUUGCCCUUGUGGCCUCACUUGGACUUGCAGCUUCCAAAUCUUAUGUGGCUUUCCAGCUGGAGCAGGGUAAAGAGCCUUGGGUGCCCAAUAGGGUGGAUUUGUCUCCAGCCACAAGAGAAUCCCAGUGGAAGCCUGGGCCUGGUGAGUGGGAGCUAGGGACAGGGGUGACAUGGGGGUUAGCACUGUGCCAGGCACCUGAUGUACCCUCUGGUGUUUACUUGCUGGGGCCAGUAGCCACACUUUACUCCCACCUUUCAUUCCUCAUUCUAAACAACUCCUGACCUUUUGGCAUUUGUACUCUGACCUCAAGCCCUUGAAUGGUGAAUGACCCCACCACUCUUGACUUCCAUGUCUUCCCCAUUCCCCUCUGCUCCCUUUUCAGGGUGCCCCCUGCAAUCCUACACCCAAUGUAUUUUAAGAGGUGCAUAUAUCUUCAUGUAGACUGUGAACACCAGAUUCUCUGGUUGCACUGGACCUCCCUAGGUUUGUCACAUUGCUCUGUGUCCCCUUUUCCUAUCAGAGAUCCCUGGGGUUGGCUUGUGUCAGAUCCUGCUGAGAUCUGAGGCAUGAGUUAGAGUCCCUGCUUCCCCAAGCCUCACUCUUACCCCUGUGUGUGGAACCUGUUGAGGGUUCCUCCUGCUUUGGCAUACUCAGCCCCAGUGCUAUCCUGCUGGCUCUUUACCCAAAUCAUAUCCUGCAUAUGUCAGAUAAGCCCUUGUCAGGAGGUUGCCCCUCUCAACAGAGUCCGCAUGUACGUCACUACAUGAGUCUACCUGCACGUUGCUGGCUUGGAGCAGAGGAAUCCUCUUCUGAACAAGGUGUUUCCACAGAAGCGUUCUGGUUUGGGAUUCCUAUGCCAGGUCCUUGUAUUCAGAAGAUCAGUACCUGUGACAUGUGUGGCCCAGUCUUGAAAGACAUUUUGCUUCCUGCUGAACAUGAGAGAACAUAUUGUGGCCCCAAACCAUACAUUUGUGGGGCAUGCGUCAGAGGCUUCUGGAUCAGUGUGAGCCUUCAGAAGGACCACAGUUCUGAGAAAACCUCCCUAUGCAGGGAGGGUAGGAAGCACACUCUGGAAGGCCAUGAUGUCCAAUAUCAGACACCCAGAAAGGGGAAGCAGUGCAAGAUCCCUGAGAACAGGGUGGCCCUCCCACCUAGCUCCAGUCAUGGGCCACAGCAGGGCAUCCACACCAUGCAGAAGCCCUUCAAAUGUGGUGACUGUGGAAAAAGCUUCCAGAAGGCCUUUGCUCUCCUUGACCACCUGAUAGCCCACCCUAAAGAGAGACCUUUGCAGUUCCCAGCAGGUGGAAAUGCCCCCAAGGAGAACUCAAUCCACAUUAAUCACCAACAAUUUAUCACUGAUAAAACAUCACAUGUAUGUAAGGAAUGUGGGAAGGCCUUCAGCCAUCUGUUUAAACUGAGAUUGCAUCAGAAGGUUCACACUGGAAAAUCACAUCACACUUGCAGCAAAUGUGGGAAGGCCACCCGCAAACACUCACUUAUCCAGCACCAGAGAGUUCACACUGGAGAAAGGCCUUAUGAGUGUGGCCAGUGUGGGAAAUCUUUCACUCACAGCUUCCAUGUUGUUCGGCACCAGAAGGUUCACAAUACAGAAAAGCCUUACGAGUGUGGCCAGUGCCGGCGAGUCUUUCGUUGUAUCUCCAAUUUUGUUGAGCACCAGAAAAUCCACAGUGGAGUAAGGCCUUAUGAAUGCAAUGAAUGUGGGAAAGCCUUUAUUAACAGCUCCCAUCUUGUUCGUCACCAGAAGGUUCAUAACACAGAAAGGCCUUUUGAGUGCAGUGAAUGUGGAAAAGCCUUCUGGCAAACCUCAAAGCUCAUUCUUCACCAAAGGAGUCAUACUGGAGAAAGACCUUACAAAUGCAACCAGUGUGGGAAAGCCUUCAGUUGCCUUUCCAAUCUUGUUCCACACCAGUGAAUUCAUACUGGUGAGAAGCCUUAUGAAUGUUCACAAUGUGGGAAAGCCUUUGGUCAAAGCUCUGCCCUCAUUCAGCACCAGAAAGUUCACACUAGAGAAAGGCCUUAUGAAUGCAGUGAAUGUGGUAAAGCCUUCAGCUACAGUCAGCUGAUGAUGGGCCCCAGGUCUGGGCCCAACAUGGGUCUUGCAGAGGAACUCUACACUUGA